GCGCUUUUUCGUCCUCCGUUUCCGCCUCCAUUUUGUCCCGUUGUGCGCAGUUGGCAGAGCGGAAGAAUUACGGCUCUGUGGACCGGGCUGAGGAGAAAUAUUUACAGUAAUGGACGGCAUUAGUGAUGUUGCGGUUGGUGUAAAGAGAGGAUCAGAUGAGCUGUUGUCCAGCAGCAUGUACAACAGUCCAAACUCAGGGAUGAGCAGUAUCAGUGAUGGCACAUCCAAUGGAAGUGACAGCAAAAAGUUAAGAGUUGAAGACAGGGUAGGGGAUGCUCCGCCUUCGCGUGUCCUCCACAUCAGAAAACUACCCAAUGAAGUCUCAGAGGCAGAUAUCAUUGCUUUAGGAUUGCCUUUUGGAAAGGUCACUAAUAUCCUUACUCUUAAAGGCAAGAACCAGGCUUUCCUGGAACUGAGUACAGAGGAGGCAGCCAUUACCAUGGUGAACUACUACUCAGCUGUUACACCACAUGUCCGAAAUGUCCCUGUCUUCAUACAGUAUUCCAAUCACAAAGAACUUAAGACAGACAAUGCAAACCAGUCAGGUGGAACCCCGACAUCAGGCUCCAGUGAUGGUACUCUCACGUCACCUUCUAGUCCAGUGCUGAGGAUUAUCAUUGACAACAUGUUCUACCCUGUCACAUUGGAUGUGUUGCAGCAGAUCUUCUCAAAGUUUGGCACAGUCAUGAAAAUCAUCACGUUCACAAAGAACAAUCAGUUUCAGGCUUUGCUACAGUACAGUGAUGCAGCGAGUGCUCAACAAGCCAAAGUGGCGCUGGAUGGUCAGAACAUUUACAAUGCUUGCUGUACACUCCGCAUAGACUACUCCAAACUUGUUAACCUGAAUGUGAAGUACAACAAUGAUAAGAGCAGGGACUACACCAGACCAGAGCUGCCUUCAGGUGAUGGGCAGCCUGCUGUGGAUCCCUCUGUGGCAGCAGCCUUUAGCAAGGACUCUAACUCCCUGCUCGGUAAGAUCCCAGGUGCGCUGAGCCCUUUAAGCGCAGCGGCUGCAGCAGCAGCAGCGGCAGGGAGAGUGGCUUUGUCGGGACAUUCAGGCAGCAGUGGCGUGCUCUUAGUCAGCAAUCUUAAUGAAGAGAUGGUUACGCCCCAAAGUCUGUUUACCCUCUUCGGGGUGUAUGGUGAUGUGCAGCGUGUGAAGAUCCUCUAUAACAAAAAAGACAGUGCAUUGAUACAGAUGGCAGAUUCAAAUCAAGCCCAACUUGCGAUGAGUCAUCUCAAUGGACAGAAGAUGUAUUCAAAGAUCAUCCGUGUUACCAUGUCCAAACAUCAGACGGUACAGUUACCUAGGGAUGGUUUGGAUGAUCAGGGCCUCACCAAGGAUUUCACUAAUUCUCCUCUACAUCGUUUCAAAAAGCCCGGCUCUAAGAACUUUCAGAAUAUCUUCCCUCCUUCUGCCACCCUCCAUCUGUCAAACAUACCACAAGACAUAACUGAAGAUGACCUCAGAGUACUGUUCACUAACUCCGGAGGCACUGUGAAAGCUUUCAAGUUUUUCCAAGAUCGCAAAAUGGCUCUAAUCCAGAUGUCUACGAUUGAAGAGGCCAUUCAGUGUUUGAUCGACCUUCACAACUACAACAUGGGUAAUAACCACCAUUUGAGAGUCUCCUUCUCCAAAUCAAUAAUUUAAAGAAGCUGAGACAUCCUGCUUUGUCUUACGUUUUCUGGCGGUACCUUUUGACUGUUCUGGUACACUGGGGACCACAGUUUGACACCUUUUUUCCCUUUUCUUUUACCUGUCAUUCCUUAUGAAAACAUGGGUGAACAUUAAAUCAAAUAUCUCAGAUGAGAGAUGAAUUGUCUUGCCCCAUUUCCCAGUGUCCCCACUGUAUGCUAGCGAGUCAUGAACCUUCCCCCAGUUAGUCUCUCUAGGAGGUUGAUACCUCUGUUUUUAUUACAGUUAGCUGACAAAGAAUGUGCCUUACUCAGUCAACUAGCAUAAAAGUUUUCACAUACCUGCAUUUUCAUAAACCCAACUUAGCCACAUGAGGACACAGGCUUCUUUGUUGUAGAGGUGUAAAGUUUUGUAAAAACAGUAAUUUUGCUUUCUUUUCCCAUGUGUGAAUUGUACAGUGUGUGAAAUCUUACCUCUUAGAAUUUGAGUCCAUGUUUGCUUGCUUUUUGUGCUCAUUUGUCCUGUGUUUUGCAUAUUUGGUCAGUUUGAAUUGCGGAUCGUGGUGAAAUAUCCAGUGGAAUGUAUAUAACAGACCUUUACAGUGAUUCUUUAGAGAGCUCAAUGUUCACCACAGGCUUUAAUACUAGUGUGCAACCACCAAGUUUUUUUUCUUUAUUUUUUUUUUAUUUUUUUUAUUUUAUUUAUUAUUUUUUUUUUUUAAAGCUGCUUUUUUAAUGUACUGAAUACAUUGAUGGUUAAGAGUACAGUACAUGUUGAACUACAUUUUUUUUUUUCUUUUUUUUGUUUGAUUUUUGCAUAGUAGGCAUUUACACUUGCCCUUUUUUAUGAGCAUUUAUUGCAAGGUUUCUCUUUUUGGAUUUACACAAAGGAUGUUUUUUCUGCAUGUGCUAACAGGUCUAGUUAGUUCUGAGAAUCUUUGUUCAGAGAACAGCUGUUGCAUGCAUUAGUACAAGCUAACAAAUGUGAGCCUUAAGUUUUGACAUGAACAGUAUAUAGAAGAAGGAUAACCUGGUGGGACCAAAGUUUGUGCCUUUAGUCUUAAUUUCCUGAGUGCGCAAUAUUUUUUUUUUUGUUUGUUUGUUUGUUUUAAAGCAGAUCCAUCAUUUUAUACUUCCUGAAAGUUAAGCUGAUAAGCUGACGUUUAUCCAGUAUGCAAAAUGUAACGGUUACAAAAAAUCUUACCCCACCUCUUUUCUUCCAGACAUCUUAUGGGUUUGUUUCCCACAUAAAUGGACUGUACAUUUUGAUGGUGGUAAAUAAGUUCUGUAUUUAGGGCUUUUUUGGGGGGUUUUUUUUGUGUUAUUUUUUUUUUUUUACUUCUGUAGAAAUGUAAGUUUCAAUAUAGUUUGAACAUGGCACAAUUAAAAGAUCAUUUUUCUAACAAAGCGGAAAGGAUUGACUUUGUUGUGUGUUUGGCUUUUAUUUUUUCUUCCUCUAUCUCUCUAUCUUUCUCCUGUAUUCUGCUUUAACUCUGUAGCAUGCUCAAUAAAUACUUCUGUAGCUCUGUGUU